UGGAGACCCACAUCUCAUGCUUGUUCCCUGAGCUACUGGCUAUGAUCUUCGGCUACCUGGACGUCCGGGACAAGGGGCACGCGGCGCAGCCUGCAGGCCCGGGGCAUCCGCCGGGUGCAGAUCCUGAGCCUCCGCCGCAGCCUCAGCUACGUGAUCCAGGGUAUGGCCAACAUCGAGAGCCUCAACCUGAGCGGCUGCUACAACCUCACUGACAACGGACUGGGCCACGCGUUUGUGCAGGAGAUAAGCUCCCUGCGGGCUCUCAACCUCAGCCUCUGCAAGCAGAUCACCGACAGCAGCCUGGGCCGCAUAGCCCAGUACCUCAAGGGCCUGGAGGUGCUGGAGCUGGGGGGCUGCAGCAACAUCACCAACACCGGCCUCCUGCUCAUCGCCUGGGGCCUGCAGCGCCUCAAGAGCCUUAAUCUUCGCAGUUGCCGCCACCUCUCAGAUGUGGGCAUCGGACACCUGGCCGGCAUGACACGCAGCGCGGCGGAGGGCUGCCUGGGUCUGGAGCAGCUCACGCUGCAGGACUGCCAGAAGCUCACCGAUCUUUCUCUAAAGCACAUCUCUCGGGGGCUGACGGGCCUGAGGCUCCUCAACCUCAGCUUCUGCGGAGGCAUCUCCGACGCUGGCCUCUUGCACCUGUCGCACAUGGGCAGCCUCCGCAGCCUUAACCUGCGUUCCUGCGACAACAUUAGUGACACGGGCAUCAUGCAUCUGGCUAUGGGCAGCCUGCGCCUCUCAGGGCUGGAUGUGUCGUUCUGUGACAAGGUAGGGGACCAGAGUCUGGCUUACAUAGCGCAGGGGCUAGACGGUCUCAAGUCUCUCUCCCUCUGCUCCUGCCACAUCAGCGAUGAUGGCAUCAACCGCAUGGUGCGGCAAAUGCAUGGGCUGCGCACGCUCAACAUUGGGCAGUGUGUGCGCAUCACCGACAAGGGCCUGGAGCUGAUUGCUGAACACCUGAGCCAGCUCACUGGCAUAGACCUGUAUGGCUGUACCCGAAUCACCAAGCGCGGCCUGGAGCGCAUCACACAGCUGCCCUGCCUCAAGGUACUCAAUCUGGGACUCUGGCAGAUGACGGACAGUGAGAAGGUCAGGUGAGGGAGGCAGCACCAACUCCCCUUGCCUUGCCCAUCCUCCUGUCACCACCAUCCUCCUGUCACCACCAUCCUCCUGUCACCACCAUCCUCCCUCCCCUCUCACUCCACAUGCACACCUAUAGGUAGAUCAUUGCAGUGGAUGAGAUGGGACAGUGAUAUGGAGCCUCAGGCUCAUUUUUCUCCUCCCUCCUCCAGCACCCCUGCCCACUAAAUGUCCAUGCAUUGAUGGCUUCUGGGGUUCUCUGCUACCCAUGACAUACUCUCAUCUUUUUUCCCUGAGGAUGGGGAGAGGGACUCGCCUACUUACUCAUCCACUUCUCUCUAUUCUGGAAUGGAGGGGCUGAUUAAGCUACUGUAUCCUCACUGCAUUGCAUUUGAAAGUGGGGGUGGGGAGUAACUAGUCCUUUCAGCCCUGGGGAGUUGAGGAAAAUGUCUGCCUUCACUUAAGCUUUCAUUUGAAUACUGUGAUCUGGUUUUUAUUUUGAAAUGUAUGAAAGCAAACCCAACUACAACGGCCUUUUCACCCUUCUUCCACUUUGUAACUAAUCCCAGUUUCUUCUCAUCACUUCUCUUUUUACAGUACUCUGUUACUCAUGCUCAUUUCAUUUUUGUUUUUCUUUUUUUUGAAGAAAUUUGAAUCAUGGUCUUUUUUCUCUGCUGAAUAUAUUCUAUAUAUUAUAUAUAUGUAUAAAUCUUAUGUUUAUAUAUAUAUAUAUGUAUAUAUAUGUCUGGCUACCUCGUUUUAGUUUACUUUUUUCUCUGAAGCCCUGCAAUUCUACAAGAGAGCUAUUUUGAGACAAACAUUUUUGUGCCUAGACUGGAAAGAUGCCCAUUGGGUUUGUACAUCUUUUUUAUUUUGGCUUUUUCCCCAACCCCGUCCAUGGAGUAUGUCCCACAUCCACAUUUUGGCUGUAGUUAUUUUUCUCCUUGUCCAUUGGGAUUUUAAGGGCCCAACCAUGUUCCUAAAUGUUGACUUAAUUUAUAGCACAAAUGUGUGUGGGAGAAAUGAGAGUUGAAGUGUCUUGUUUGUUUGAGAUGCAGAUUGUCUUGAAAAUUAUUAUUAUAUAUGCAAAUCUGCCCUACCCACACCUUCUUCCAACUUUCCCCACCAAAAAAGGUCCAACAGUGAGGCUUCCUGGUGGAAGGAGAGGAGCAGAGUUGGCCUCCAGAGCCCUUGAGGCUGUAAUGUGAAGGGGAGAAGACGGAAAUUCAUGUCUUAUCUCUGUUCUGUUAAUAAAAUGGGAAUUUGUGGGUUUUAAAAAAUUGUUUAUAAAUGGAGGAGUAGAUGACUUUAUUUUGGUGGGGGCUGGGACUUGUGUCUUUAAAAAAAUCACUUUUCAGUAGGAUGUAUAUUUUUGUUGGAUUUUUUGUUUGUUAAUUAUUAUUAUUUUUUUAGAAUCCUCCACAGCAACAUUCGAGACCAUGGAGUUAAAGAAACCCAGAGACCUUUAUCAAUUAAUUGUACUGUUUGUGAAUUUGUAUAAAUAUUAACAAAGAUCCUCUUAAAACAUUUAUAUUCUUACAGUAAAAGGUUAAACUGAUAUUUAUAUAAUAAAAGAGGAAAUAUGAAGUAUGUUUUUGAAA